CUGAUUCCUCCCCUCACCCCCUUCCCUUCUUUCUGUCAAAAAGUGUUGGCAGCCGCCACAUGUCACGCCUCAAUUUUUGUGAUUUUCUAUAAUUUUUCUUUAAAAUAAUCAUAAAAAAUGAAACCUCUUAUGCUGCAAGGGCACGAGCGUGCCAUCACUCAGAUCAAAUAUAACCGAGAGGGAGACUUGUUGUUCUCCGCCGCUAAGGACGCGAAGCCUAAUGUGUGGUGGUCUUUGAACGGCGAGCGCCUGGGCACAUUCAAUGGACAUGGCGGAGUCGUGUGGUGUCUCGACGUCGACUGGCAAAGUAUUAACCUCAUCACCGGUGGAGGUGACAGUUCUUGCAGGUUAUGGGAUCUGGAAACUGGCAAGAACAUUGCGACAAUUAAAACAAACUCCUCGGUGAGGACCUGCAAUUUCAGCUUCAGUGCGUACCAGGCUGCCUACACCACUGACAAAGCUAUGGGACAUCCCUGUGAGGUCUUCAUUGUGGACACUAGGACUAUUGAUGACUCCAUUUCCAGCCAAGCCCCGAUCUUGAAGUGGGAGAUCACAGACUCAAAGGUCACAUCUAUGGUCUGGGGCACACUUGAUGAGACUAUCAUCACUGGACACGAAGCUGGUGAUCUCAUCCAGUGGGAUCUUAGGACUGGCAAGAAAGUGCAUUCUAUUAAGGAGCACACUCACCAGAUUAACGACAUGCAGCUAUCGCGUGACGGAACCAUGUUCAUCACUGCAUCUAAGGACCAGACUGCCAAGCUCUUUGACACCAGCUCACUCGAACUCCUGAAGGAAUACAAAACAGAGCGUCCAGUCAACUCCGCUGCUCUUAGCCCGAUCCUCGACCAUGUCGUACUUGGUGGUGGUCAAGAUGCUAUGGAAGUGACAACAACUUCUACCAGGCAGGGCAAAUUCGAUGCCCGAUUCUAUCACCUUGUAUUUGAAGAAGAGUUUGGCCGUGUCAAGGGCCACUUCGGUCCUAUCAACAGUUUGGCUUUCCACCCUGAUGGUAAGAGUUAUGCGUCCGGUGGUGAGGAUGGUUAUGUACGAGUGCAAAGCUUUGAUCAAUCCUACUUUGACUAUACUUUUGACUACAACAGAGAAUAAAGUUAAAGGAGAUUGUAUUGUAAACUUAAUCAGUAUCUGAAUUUAAAUACCAAUAAAGAUUUGUAAGCUGUCACACA